GCCUGUCAAAACCAACACGCCGCGAUACCGACCCCGGAGCCCGUCCGCCGCGCUGUGACAUCUGGCCCGGGAUGGAGGGAGAGAUGCAGCCCGCCGAUGAAGGGCCGUGCGCCCCGAAGAUGUGCCGACCGCCUCGGGGUCCGUACAGCACCCUGAAACCCUUCCAGAGCAGGCGCUCGGCGGGCAAGUCGCGCUUUGACAGGUCCGCCGUGGUCGGGGUGCCGCUGUUUGGCGACGGAAAUCACUUCACUUUCCAGCCCGAGCAGCAUCAUCGUUUCCAGCCUCCCCAGCACCACCAGAACCACCAGCAGCACCAGCAGCGUCUGCAGCAGCUCCACCAAAGCAGCUUCGCCAUCAGCAGCAGUCAGCAGCAUCGUUUCCCCGGUGAGAACGGGCCCGGCAGCGGGGUCCCGACAUCCACCUCGGCGGCGGCAGCGUCUCCCGGUGCCCCGCAGCGGCUCUCCCCGGACUGCACCUACGGCAUCAGCGCAGAGAAUCGUCUCAUCCUGGAUGCCUUCGCUCAUCAGUGCAGCCGAGUCCUCAGCCUCCUCAACAACGGCCGCCUCCUGGAGCCCUCCUCCUCCUGCUCCUCCUCCUCCUCUUCCUCCUCUUCCCUCACGUCCACCAUCAAGCUGGAAGGCGGGCCGGCGGAGGCGCAAGGGCCUCGCUGCUCCUCGCUGUCAAAGUCCAAACCUGAAGAGAGUUCCUCCACCACGCACCCAGAAGAGGGGGCCACACGAAGCCAUCUCAACCAACAGCAGACCUCCGCCGUCCUCCGCAUCUUCACGGACUCCCUACAGAGCUACCUGCUCUCGGGGCCUCGGCGGCAGCAGCAGCAGCAUCAUCAUCAUCAUCAUCAUCCGGCCGCCGGGCCGGACGAUGAGCAGCCUCCAUCCGCAGAGCCCGGCUCGGGCGCCAUGUCUCCUCCGAGACACGGCCUGGCCGGCUUGGGCUCGCCGGCGCCGUCAGAGUCCUACGGCCACCCGUCGUCCACGCUGCCCGAGGAGGAGGAGGAGGAGGAGGGGGAAGAGGAGGAAGAGGAGGAAGAAGAAGAGGAGAGCUGCUGUCCACGCUGCCUGGAGUUGGAGCAGGAGGUGCUGUCUCUGCAGCAGGAGAACGAGGAGCUGCGCAACAAGCUGGAGAAUGUCCCAGCUCCCUGUCAAAAUGUCCUCGACUACUUCAGGACUGUUCUGGAGUUCCACAACCAGCUGGUCCAGCCGCUGCCGGAGGAGCAGCUCACCGAGUUGUGUGAACGCUUUGUUAAAAAAAAACCUCUGUCCACGCAGGAAGAAGAACGGCAAACCGUCUUUGAGGGCAGCAAACAGCUGCUGGAGAACUAUCCCCUCUUCAUCUCUAACAAGCAGUGGGACGAGGCCGUCAACUCCUCCAAGAAAGACGGCCGGCGGCUGCUGCGCUACCUGAUCCGCUUUGUCUUCACCACGGACGAGCUGAAGUUCUCCUGCGGUUUGGGCAAAAGGAAGCGCUCGGUCCACUCGGGAGAUCCCGGCCUGGAGAGGCGACCGCUGAACCCCGUCAAAGUCAGCUGCCUCCGAGAGUUCAUCCGCAUGCACUGUGCCUCAAACCCGGACUGGUGGAUGCCUUCGGAGGAGCAGAUCAACAAGGUGUUCAGCGACGCCGUCGGUCACGCCCGUCAGGGCCGCGCCGUGGGCACCUUCCUGGGCAGCAGCGGCAGCAGCACCAGCAGCCUGUACAUGGACGGCUUCGACGGGCACCUGUCGCAGGACGAGCCGUACCCGAAGGGGGGCCACAGCGGCCAGUCGGACUGAAGGAACGGCAGAAAUUAGAGACCCGAUGUAGCUGCACAGCAAAACACCCCCGAAACGCUGAGCACUUCACAGAGUGAAGGAAACAUUCCAGAUAAUGUUUAGCUUUCACUCCCUUUGAAUAGUUUCAAUACCUUAAGGUGGUUUUAUUUUUUAUUUGAGUCUUCCAUUUGCUCCUUUUUUUUCUAUGGUUUGAUGGUUUGAACAGUUUUGUCACUACGGAUUCUUAUGUUUUGAGCCUUUGAGAGUCCCAGUGAUUUAUUUCUUCCUCGUGAAGGUAAUCAGGAAUCUAUUUGUGCUAAUGUUGCCCAAGCUGGAGACUUGUAACCAUCACGUCACAGAAAGUAGCAUUUCAUACUUUCCCACCAAAUUGUGCGUCAUCGGCGAAGCACCUUUACUUGCAAAUCUUCAACAGGAGUGCCUCCGAGAAAGUUGUGUGCUGUUACCUGUAGUCUUGCACUUUUCAUUUCAUUCCCUCAAUUUUUUUUUUUAUAAAUGUAUAUUCAGAUGGCUCGUUUUAAAAAGAGAAGAACAUUAAGAGUAUCUCCAAUGAUUCCGAUGGGUGAGAAAAGUCUUGGUCGAGUCUGAUUUGAGGAAAAAAGAAGACGUAGUUAGUAUUACAGAACAGUGUGUACAGUUCAAUAGAAUUCUAAGAGGCAUUGUGAAAUGCUGCAUAUGUCAGCAAAGCUCAUGUUUGAAAUGCAGAAUCAGAAAAUAAUGGGAAACAACAAGACGGUUUCUGUUUAAUGCUAAUUUAUGCACUUUCUUGGCUCUGUCAGAUUAUUCAUCUUGACGAAAAGGUUCUUCGGCUGAAAGGUAAAUGCAUCGCAUUCUACCUACAUUUAUUUAUCCUAUCAGUGGGAAGACUUUUUGUCUCAGGAUGAAUAGAUGUUGCCGUAUAAUAUUGCCUUAAACUUGAUUCAAGACCACAACGCUAUAAAGUGCUGGUGCUUUGUGUUAUCAGUUGUCUCUGUCUUCUUUACAAUGACAGAGAACGAUCCUUUCUAAAUAAUCAUCUGUUGACCCAAGAAAAAUCGAGCACUUCUUUCUAAUUUGCACUUUUACGCAUCUCGUCGCGGCUCAAGCUGCCCGACACUGAGACGUCUUUAGAAUUGAGCCGCUUGUAUUCUUUGACUUUGUAUUUAUUAUAUUUGGUACUCGAUCACUUCACUUCAUGACACCGUUUUCUACGUUUUGAAUGUACCGGAUUCAUUAGGUCAGUUUGCCACGUCGACUGUGCUGUGUACAUGUGUAAUAUAAAGUACAGUAUCGUGUGAGGUGUUACCACGUCUCUCUCUCUCAAAAAGCCAAGUAGAAAAGUGCCACAGAAACCUUUAACAGUGGGAUUCUGUCGUCGUGUUGCUGUUCUGAAUGUGAGCGCUUAUUUGUAUUUACUCCCUCAAAGUGGCUGUUAUCAACACUGUGAAGCAUCAAUAGGAUUUUUACAAAUCUAAUAGCUUCUAUUGUUUUUUUUAUUUAUAAUGAAUAAAAGAGGCACAGAAGGUGAAAGCGUACAUUG